AUCUAACUUCAACUCGUGAUUUAAAAAAAUAUAUAUGACCAAAUUCCCGUUAAAAAUAUAGUUUUUCAAAAAAAUGUCAUAUCAAUAAACUAUCGAACUUUGAACGCCCGUUGCGGGCGCUGCUCGAAUAAUGUAAAUAUAACUAAGGCGCUAAAUUAAAAGUGCAACAUGGACUUUCGUAACGCCCGCGCCCGUCAACCGGAAAUCGUGCGCUCCGUGCAAAAGGAUGCACGUUACACCAACGAAUUGGCCGAGGACUUGUCAGAUAUAUUGCGAAUAACCGGCCCACGAAACUGGAUCAAGUACAAUCAGUUAUGCCAGCUGCUAGCUCAGUUAAGUUACCAUGGCUUCGCCUCUGUCAAUAACCUACAAACGUUGGGUGAGGAAUACACAGGCAUCAUACAAGUGGAUGGCAACUACAAGCAAAUUCCCAGUCGACUGCUUCAACUGAUGGCCAUUAUACUAGAGUUUGGUGGAGAUGCGUUGUUCUUACGUCUGCUGCAAAAACUGGAACUCUACAUAGCUGAGCACCAAGAGAUUGUGCCGGAUGCCAAGAAGAAGCUGCAACACCUCAUUCAGCGCAUGCGACAAUCGCCCAGUUACAUUAAGGCGUUGCACAAAUCUCUAUUCUAUCUGGACGCCAGCAAAUAUCAGCUGUCCAAGCGCACCACAGGCAUCAACUAUGUGCUAAUCCGGCACUGGUUGCAGCCUGAGUUUUCGCUGUAUGGCUACAAAAUAUUGGGCAUCAUUACAUUCCUGCAAGUGACCGUCUCGCUGGCCAUUGGUGGUUGGGAGGCGUGGAAAGAGCACAAGCGCCAGCAACUGGAGGCCAUCAAGCAAGCUGGAAAACGUUUUCUGCAGCGCGAGUCGAGCGUCAAGUCCUCAGCAGGAGAUGCUCCUCAGUGUAUUCUUUGCAUGGAGCCGCGACAAAAUAACAGUCUAACGCCGUGUGGUCAUCUCUUCUGCUGGAGUUGCAUACUCGAAUGGCUGGAGGAACGUGACGAGUGUCCGUUGUGCCGUGAAUCGCUGAAAAAGUCGCAGGUCAUUCAACUGCAGAAUUAUGCCUAGGAAAAUAACGAUUUUAGGUAUCCUUUGAUGCCUUCUUUCUGAUUUAACAUCAUGGAUUAUCUACAUCCCUUAGUAUGCUUGAAAAGUGUGGGCAUUUCGGGGAUCAUCUUCAUCCCUUAAUAAUCCUAUAACAGGCAAUUCUUGAAUUCUAUUGAGCUCUUUUUAGUCUUAGGAAGUGCUGGUCUUUUCAUAAUUAUUAUCCUUUUUUGUAUUACGAAACGCCAGAAUUUCUGGGAUUGAGACGAACCCUUCUUAUGUUUAAGUAUAAAGCGAUUUCGGGUUAUUUAAUUUUUUUCUAUGUCUAAGUAUUAAAACCUUUUUGGGAUAUUCUUGAACCCUUUUUAUGUCUUAGAAAUAUCCUUUUUGGGCAUAAGAUCAGAAACUCGUUUUAUCCUUUCUUACCUUUAAAUCGAGAGCAUUUGUUGAACCUUUUUUGCGCCAAAUAAAACAGGUAUAUUUAGGAUUUGAUUUUAUCUUAUGAAAGUAAGCAUUUCAGAGAUUGUGUUAAAUAUAUUUCUGGUAUUCUGUUCCUGUAUAUGUCUAAGUACUUCUUAGAUAAUAAUGAACCCGUUGGAAAUUCUGGAAUGCUCUGAAAUCUUUUAAGCAUACAAAAUUGUUAUUCUUCCAUUUUAUAUCGUAUUUAUUGAAUUUGUUCUGUACAUACUAGACUUAACAGCUUUGGCUUAACAUUGAUGUCUGUGUGGUGAUGGUGUUUGGUGUCCCUAAAAAAAAACCUUAAAACUACAAAUUACAAGUUGUAUUUACAAUUAAAACUCGAAGUGCCGAACACCACUUUAAAUAAUAUCCAAAUAAAUAGUGCGAUUAAAAA